ACUGAUCCUUACCAGCUGCCCAAUCACCUCAGUUGACUCCCCUGGACUUGGAGGAGCAGCGGUUCUACUCUGAGUUCCUCCGGAGUGUCCGAGACCCUAACCCCUAUCUCUAAGGCUGAGUCACCCUGCAAAUGAAACUCAUUGCUGCCGCUUGUAUCCGUGAUGAUGUUCUUUGCUUGAACUUCAACUCCUCCAUUUGCCACAGGACCUCCUCCCCGACCAGAGCCGGAGUGGACGAUCCACCGUUUUUUUUUUUUUCGACUGAGGACCAUCGGCUCAGACUUGAAGGUGCUGAUCUUCAUCCCGGCCGCCUCACGCUCAGCUGCGGACCGCCCCAAUGUUUACCCAACCUAUCUAGGACGGAACAGCUUUGACUGUGUCUGUCUCUCUUUCUCCACCAUAAACCUUAGUCAGAAUCAUACCUGACAGUGGCGGUGCUGCAAUCGUGCAGCCAGGAAAUAUCUCAGACUUCCUCUUAGUGUUUACGUACAGGAAGCUUAAACCACGUUAAUAAGUCUGAAAAGGGCUCUCGGAGACGUUUACAGAGAGAGACUAAGUAUGAGCCUGCUGAAUACACUGUCUUACUUCUGAAACUGGUUGAGGAUGAGGUGUUCCCUCCACUCUCCACGGAGGGCCAGUUUGCUCCUCUGCCUGGCUCUUUUCCUGUCCUGUGGAGAAGCGUCAGUGAACAUUGAAGCAAACGCUGGGCCGCUGUAUCGAGUGGUAGGCUCUCCACUCAUCAUUACCUGCACUACAAGUGGCUUCCACAAUGAUGAGGCAGAAAAACACUUUGAAAUCCGUGUUACCAAGCCUUCAAAACCGAACUUCGGCAUCAACAUCAUAAGCACCAAUGACCCACUUUUCGGCUUUGCCGUAUAUCAGCGCCGAGUGGAGAGUAAAGAAAUCACUCUGAACCGUGUAUCUCCAAACUCAGUCGUCUUUGAGAUCACGAGUUUACUGAAAGGUGAUGAGGGGGAUUUUGAAUGCUCUGUAAUCAACUCAGAGUUAUCUUACUUUGGAACCUACAGUGUUAAGACGACCGUUAAAGUGAUUGACAACUCCCUAAGUGUUUCAACACCGGACCCCACAUCACUGAGCUUUAAAGAGGGUGAAGCUCUCACUUUGACAUGCCAAGCCUCCACCAUCACCAUCCAGCACACCCACCUGUCUGUUGCCUGGAACCUCCAUAAAGAUGGCUCAGCUGAGGCUCAGACGAUUAUUUCUCUGAACAGGGAUUUCACCCUGACCCCGGGCAGUGACUUCGAAAGGCGUUACAAAGCAGGCGACAUAAGCUUAGACAAACUGGGAGAUUCCACAUACAGGCUAAAGAUUGCUCACCUGGAGCAGUCAGACCAAGGUAAGAUCGUCUGCCAGGCUCAGGAGUGGAUUCAGGAUCCUGAUCGGUCUUGGUACUCCAUCGCACAGAGUGAGGCACAGGAAACUGCUCUACAAGUCAAAGCCAGAGAGGUCGUGCAAGACAUGUUGUCUCUGGAGGUGCAGCUCUCGGCUCAGCCGCAGAGUUUGAUCGAGGGGCAGGAGCUCAUGCUGUCCUGCAACAUAGACGCACAGAAUCUGAAGGAAAGGUUCUUCUCGGUGGCGUGGCUCCUGGGAAGUAAGGAGCUGGCCCGCAUCGGCCCCACAGGCAUCGUGACUGUUGGGGCAGCGUACAGCGGUCGGGAGAAAGACGGAGAGCUCAGAGCGGCAAGGAUUGGAGGCAGUGAUUACCAUCUCGUUUUACAGCCUGUCAGAACCGAGGACCAAGGAGGAUAUGUCUGCAGAGUGUGGCCUGAGACCAGAGGCGAAGGUGGUGUCUUCAUACAGGGAGAACCGCAGGACUCUGAGACUCAGCAAGUUAGCAUCUCAGCCACAGAAAGCGGACUCUCGGUCACAAUGCAAGACACUGUAAGCGUCACGGAAGGGGACAGGCUGAGGCUCGUCUGUACAGUGAGUGGGGUCAAAGGUCAGGUCUCUAUCACGUGGCAACGCAAAGCAACAGACGUACAGCCUUUCGCCGACGUCAUCAGCGUGGGUCAGGACGGCAUUGUGGAGAAAGGCGGGGAGUUCAAGAGUCGCAGUGUAAGCGCAACACGUCCAACGACUGGCACAUUCGUCCUAGAGCUUGAUGAGGUCACGCCUUCGGACUCGGGCGUCUACCAGUGCUCCGUGUCCGAAUGGCAAACCAACAGCAAGACCUUCAGCCAGUCUGCCGCUGCCACGGUGAACGUGGUGCCCAUAGAGUCAAAGUUGAGUGUGGCUCUGUUGAUUCGCAAGAACAACGUGACUGUGGGAGAAAAUGUGCAGUUGAUGUGCCGAGUCAAAGGACCGCAGGUCCCAGUGACGCUGACUUGGAGCGUGCAACGUGACCCUUCCACCAUAGAUAACAUCCUGACAGUGUACCACAAUGGCUCCAUCAGCUGGUUCGGAGAACAGAACCACUACCAGCUGAAAGUGGAGAAGAAUGCUAACGCGGUCAUUCACUCCCUGCAAAUCAUCGGGGCCAGCCACAGGGAGGCAGGACUCUACCAAUGCAUGCCGUCUGUUUUCCUUGAGAAUGUACACAAGAAGUUGCCGCCGUCCAAUCCCCUGGCUGUGAUGGUGCACAACCCAGUGAGCAAGCUUCGCCUUAACCCCAGCCGCCCCUUGACAGAGGACAUCAACAUUGACAUAGAAAUGAGAUGCUCAGUUGCGGAAAAAUCCCCUCAAUCCUCUCUCUACGCCGUCACGUGGCUGCUUCAACAAGAACCAGCAAAUAAGAUCAUUGUACGCUCAGACAUGGCAGCCCUAGUAACAUUCGGGCCCGAUGUAGAGGAGCGAGACAGAAAGCGAAUCAGCGUGAAGCGCAGCAAAGGGCCCACUUUUCUGAUGACUAUUCAUCAAGCUAAGAUCUCAGAUGGUGGAUUGUACAUAUGCGAGGUGGAGGAGUGGAUACAGGAUCCUCGUGGUGACUGGUAUAGGCUCACAACAGUGUCCCAAACCACAAAGCUAUCCCUUCUCGAGACAGCGAGCAACCUUGAGCUAAAUAAAACAGAGCAGUCGCUGAUGGCCAGUGAGGGAGCGGAGGUAGACCUCCAGUGUGAUGUCAUCUCAGGCGCAUCCAGUAUUUCCACUUUCAUCGCAGUCACGUGGCUCUACGCUGCACGUAGUUCCUCCAAAGCUAAUGCCUCUCUGGUGAAGCUUGACCACACUGGCCUGCUGAGUUACCCAGAGUACAAAGACCUCCAAGGUCUGCAGUCUCGCCUCCGGCUCUCCAGACCCACUAAGACCAGCUUCCACCUAACAAUUUCAAGGGCCCAUGAAGGAGACAGCGGAACCUACUGGUGCCUGGGGGAGCAAUACCAGCUGGACGAUGAAGGUCACUGGCACCAGAAGGCCUCAGAAUCUUCCGGAGCCAUCACGCUGAGCGUGAAUGUUGCAGAAAAUAAUCUGCACAUCGCAAAAAAGGAAGUGGAGAUGAAUGUGAGCAGAUCGCAGAAUUUUGCCGUCGACUGUCACAUCACCAGUCAAUCCAGCCCCGAAUCCACGUUCCAGGUGACGUGGUUUUGGCAGAAAUAUGAGGAGAUGGAACCGCGCCCCAUUUUCACAGCUUACCGAAACUCCACUCUACAAGACAGGCUCGGGGAGGGUUUACAGCUAAGAUUUGGCCACCCUGUGCCCAAAUUGUUUAACCUCACAGUGUUAAGUGCGGCUCCUGAAAACAGCGGCAUGUACUUCUGUGAGGUAGAAGAGUGGCUCCCAUCUCUGGACCAUGGCUUGAGGAAAGUUGCAGUGGAAAAAUCAGGAACUUUGACUGUCAAUGUUAACCCAGAAGGAGAUGCUCGGCUACUCUCCGGAUCACACUGCAACUCUUCUACCUGGAUGGCGAUCACUGUAGUCAUUGUCGUUGUUUCCCUGUUGGUCAUAUUAGUAUUAUCGCUAAAAAUGUGCAAGAGCACGGGCAAAAGUAAAAAGAAGUCGGGUGAGAAUCUGUGGGCAAAUCAGCCUAUUAAUCCCAAAAUAGAGGAAUUGAACCUCACAGACUAGAGGAAAUGAGAAGAGGUUAAACGCGCUUCUAAUUUGAAUAUUUUGUGCUAUUUAAAAUACUGGACUAUACAUAUAUAUAUAUAUUUUUUAAAAAUAACAAUUUUUGUUUUAAAGAUUUUCUUUAGAAGCUUUUUGUUUUACUUUCCGCAUUCCUUGGAACAAUUCCGCCCCUAUGAAUGAAUGAAUAAAAUGCAUUAAAGCAUUUAAAUCAAA